AUGAUGUCUGAUAGUGGCCACGACGAGAAAACUCCGCCCCAGGCUGAUAAAAAUGGGGCUUCCCAAGUCGCCACCCCCUUGGAGGCUACAGAAAGCUCAGAGCAGGCUCUCUUACGGCGUCUGCUUCGAAAGACUGAUUUGUUGGUAAUGCCCGGCCUAUGCUUGGCUUACUUUACAAACACUCUGGACAGAAGCAACCUGGGGAAUGCUAAGACCGAUACUAUUGUGGAGGAUCUGCACCUAGGCACCAACGAGUUCUCCUUGAUGCUGGUGGUGUUUUAUAUUCCAUAUGCCCUUCUCAAUAUCCCAUGGUCGCUUCUUGCCAAGAAGUUCAACCCAGCCGUUAUCAUCCCUCUUGCUGUCUGUCUUUGGGGCAUCGUAACUAUCGCAUCUGUGGCUUCAAAGAACGGAGGGCACUUGAUGGCAUGCAGAGUUCUCGUGGGUGCGAUUGAGGCAAGCUAUAAGCCUUGCGAAGUGUUCUACCUGAGUCUAUUCUAUACCAGGAAAGAAAUGAGCUUUCGUGUUGGUAUGGUUGGUCAAUUUGGAUUCAUCGCAGGUGCUGUGAGCGGGCUAAUCAGCUGGGGUGUCUUUCAAUGGAACGGGAGUCUUCGGGGAUGGCAAUACCUAUUCAUUAUUGAGGGUGCCAUUACAGUUCUUGUUGCUGCAUGGCUUUUCGUCUGGGCUCCAAGAAGUCCUCAAAAAUGUCGAUUCUUCAGCGCCGAGGAGAAGGCAUUGGCUCAAUCUCGACUUGAGCUUGACUCACAAGACCAAGACAAAUACUUUCGUUGGGAUGAAGCAAUUGCGCAACUCAAGAUGUGGCAGACUUGGGUCUUUGCUUUCAUGGCUUUGCUCUAUGGAAUUGGUGUGGCCAGUAGCUCGAACUUCUUACCGACCAUGGUCAAAAGACUCACAAAGAACACGGUUCAAGCCAAUCUCUACACAGUCGGUCCGAACCUCGUGGCUUCCGCCGUGCAGUUGACCAUAACGUGGCUCUCUGACCGCUACCAACAGCGAGCCUACUUCUCCUGCGGCAGCGUUGUCGUAUCAAUCUUGGGAUGGAUUCUCCUAGGCACGCUUGACCUGGUGAAGAGCCCCAAGGCCGGUUACUUCCUCACCUAUCUUGUCCCAUGUGUGACCUUCAUCCCCAGCAAUCUAGUUCCUGUUUGGCUUUCCUCCAAUACGCCCACCACGACUGGCCGAGCAGUGUCCCUGGGUCUCAACUAUACCUUCAUGAACCUGGCCGGAGUCUUAUCGUCUGUAUCAUUCCGCGAUAACGAGGCGCCUGUUCACAAAACAGCCUUGAUCCUAGCAGGGGCGACCCAAGCUGGGUUCGCAGUGACAGCUCUGGUCAUGAGGUAUUACUAUGUCCAGAUGAAUAACAAGCUGGACAAGGGGGUGAUCCCGUAUGCACCAGGGAUGUCACGCCGCCCCGAAUACCGCUACGCUGUGUAG